CUUGACAACUACAUAACAGGUGCUCGAUCUGUAAACGGAUUCCGGUAGGCAAUGAUAGACGGAGCUCUUCUUACAUGAUGAUUUAGAAAAUUUAGCUAUACCUCUUGCUGUUUUAUCCAAAAGAAGAAUGGCCUUGAACAUAAAAGGGAUUCCCACGAUUUUCGGGGAGACAUUCGAGAAGAAUGUCACCUUCUGCGUUGACACAUCAGGAAGCAUGUUCAAAGGCCUGGGUGUGGUCAAGGAACACCUGGUGGAGACACUAUUAAAACAUGCAAGGAAGAGUCAGCCUACAUCAUUUAAUAUCAUAGAGUUUAAUUCAGAAGUGACACAGUGGGCUGACAAGAUGGUGAAGUGUAGUGCCGAAACAGUUGAAGUCGCUGCAGAAUGGGUGAAAAGACUAAGUGCGAAAACAGGAACCAAUACACUUGAUGCACUUCUGACUGCACUUGAGGAUCGUGGUUGUGAAUCCGUCUAUCUUGUAACUGAUGGUCUGCCGGAUCAACAUCCUGUAGACAUCCUAGACCAAGUCACCAACGCUGUGAGAGGACGUCCCAUCCACUGUAUCUAUCUGUGUGCGGAGGAUGCUAUGGACACAUCUGCAAUUGAGUUUUUGGAGGACUUGUCGGUGGAAUCUUACGGAUCUUUCCAUAUUGUCAGUCUAACACAACACGGCUGUGUGGAGCGUGUCACUCCAAUCUAUCGAGCAGAUCAUGCUCACGAGCGAAUCGUUAGAACCAUAAAUGGAACAUUACAUAACCAUGGAAAACAGUGCAGCGUGGCCACAACACUGAAAGUGGAUCCCGAAGAAUCCCUCGCUCUCACACCGCGAGUUUCCUCCUUCAAUUCAUAUCCAGGAUUUCCUGGUAACCCUUAUGGUCACCUUGCUUGGGGUCAUUGGUUCAUGCAGCCACAUCGUUAUUACUUUCCCAACGGAUGGAGUCAGUAUCGUCCCGCACGGGGAUGGCUGAAGUCACAGGAGUCAAUGAUGGAUCACAUUGAAAAUUCCGGUGUAUCUCCGGCCGCUGGAGCACUUUUAAUCAGCAAGAAAGUUCUGGCUCGUCGAAUUGACGAUGGAUAUUUCUAUCUCGGCAAGGUCAAGAGCCAGAUUUUGGGUGAUAAAUUUUUGGUAGCAUUUGGUCCCAGUAAGCCUGGGAAGUACAAGGAGACAACAUAUCAGGAUACAUUUGUGUACGACCUAGUAGAUUAUGAGGACGCUAAGCGUCAUACCAUCAACACCUCGGACAAAGUGCUGGCACCCUGGGAACCUCAAGGGGAGAGGUUUGGGCCUGGAGUCGUCAUAGAGGGACACGAAAAGAGAGGUUCCGAAGGUCCAGAUGACCAUCAGAUCACUGUCACAUUCUCCAAUGGGCGGACAGAGAAGAUUCCGUCAGACAUGGCACUGUGGGUUCCUGAAGAAGUAUAUGAACGACUUGUGCUGGAACUUAAGAUGCCACGAGAGGCAAGGGAGACUCUUCAAACCAACCCACACUACCCCCUGGAGAACCUCCCAGGUUACCCAACAUCUGGCCCCACUGCAGAGCCCCGUGUGUACGAACAGCCACACCCGGUGACCUUUGACAUGGACAGCACGGUGGGAAGCGUUACGUGGCAGUAUCCGUACACUCCAGGGUACCCCGUACAACUGAAACAGCGCACGGCGUCCGUCAAGUCUGCCGUCAGUAGCAAUGCCAUGAAUAUGCUUGUACCAGGCACAAACAUGACUCAGGGACAACUGGACGAAAAAGUUACAUCACAACUGAUGGAACAUAAGUUAAUUAUUGACGAAGGACAGAGAGACAGACAGUACGAAGAAAAAGCUGCGCGAGAGGAGAAAUCGUUAGAUGUGGAGAAGGUUGAAUAUAAUAAUGAGAAACAAUUAAUGGAGGACAGUGAAAAGGUUCUGAUCAAGGCUCAACAGAGGGAAAGAACAGAACAACAAAUGGCAGAGAGAAUUCAAGCAUUGGAGAGAGAGCUGGAAUUGGAACGACAGAAGGAGAAGGAUCUAGAGUUGAAAAAACAGAUGGAGGCAGAUGAGCUUGAGUUUGAAAGACAGAUGGAAAGAGAACGCUUACUGAGAAAACGUGAAAAACAAGAGGAGAAUCUACUUCGUAAAUCGGUAUCAUUUAAAGACGAUGUUAUGUUGGAGGAUCUUGACAGGCCAACUGAGGAAGAGGUCAGAGGUCAAAGAAAGGAGGAAAGACGAUCAGAGACAACUCCUCAGCCAACAGAGAAUUUAGAAUACAACUUCUUUGCUGGAGAAGACAACAGAUAUGCUGAAAAUAUUCCUGUGUGCCCUCCUCGUCGUCGUAGAGAAUCUCCAACCAGGCGUUCUCAUUCCCCACGCUCAAGAUCAAAAUCCCCACCAAGGAGAAACCGAUCUCCUGCCAGGGAUUUUAACAUGUUCUACCGCCGCCCAGGGUCAGGGAAGAGGAGCCAAAACAAGGCCCCAUGGGUAAAAUACUGGGGCAGUGAGUGUACCCCAGAGAUGAUUGGUCCUAACAGGCCGGGCCCAUUUAGGGAAACAGCCCUCCAAGCUCCAUUAGAGGCCAAAGACCACAGCAGAACACCACCAUAUAGUGUUGAAUGGGCAAAUUCUGCAUUUAAGUAUGUUGACCCACAAGCAAAACACUGUCAUACAUCAAGUGUCGAGAUGUUGAUGAAACCUGCAAAAUGCCAGAAUGGCAUGUUCCCUCCUCACCGCCCUUCCCAGCCCCAAGUCACACGCACAAUGUCCGCCGACGCCAAAGAGGCUGCCAGGACAGAGUUCAGGAGGAAGAAAGUUAUCCAGCGACAAGUCAACUGGAAUCAACGGCUAUAUCAACAAGACAGGAUGAAGGAGUUAAUGCAGGACAACCAUAGGGAGCGCAUCAUCGCUCAAAUGGACCACGAUCGGCAGCGUCAAGUGAACGAGGAACGGAUGGUUCAACAGUCAAGAGAAGCCAAGAAACAGAUCAGUGCAGAACUUAGGUCGAAACGCGAGCAAGUUAAACAGCAACAAGAAGAGCUGCGAAUUAAACGUAUCGCAGGAAUGAGAGAAAGACGAGAGAAGAGAGAGACCGAACAUUUUACAAGGGAACAGGAGAGUGUGACUAUAGCUGAACAGAGACAGCAAGUACGAGUUCAGCAUUCCCAGAAACGUUGGGAUGAACACCAGCAGCGCAUUCAAGUAGAAGAAACUCAAAAUAGGCAGCAAGCAACACAAGUCCUCAACGCUAAGGUGAAUCGGAUUGAACAUUUCAGGACUCUUGAGGACGAAGGACAACGAAGAAAAGAUUUGCGCAUAGGCGUCACUGAUCAACACCUAGCAAACUAUCGUUCACAGGUUUUGCCGUGAGGCUUAGCUUAUUUCGGUUUUAUUGUUAAAUUUUAUAUAGUUAUGUAAUUUUUGCAACUUUAGAAUUCUUGUAGCAAAAGCGAAUCUGCUGCUUGCUCAAUUAUCAACAGGAGAAAUGUUUUUUGAAUUGUUGUUAGAUUGGUGAUGGUGAAGCUAAACUUUCUGAAUUUUCCUUAAACGUUUUUAACAUCCCGCUCUCUAUAAUUUGCUAGUCAACAUUUUAUUUCAUGUAUGUAUGGACCAAUUUCAUUGUGCUUGAACUUUGAUAGGGGUACCAGUAACAGUAUUCUGUAAAAAAUAGUUUGUUUGUACAUAUCAGCGAAAUAAAUGCUUUAUGUAGGGAUAAACUACACAAGUAGUUUUUAUACAGUGCGUACUUGGAAACAAUUACUGCAGUUGAAUUUUCGCCUUUUUCACCCUUGGAAAUGAGGGCAAGUUUAUCAUUACAGUGAAUUUCCGCAACUAUCAUAAUACACAUAAUGGGACUAUGUAGAUGUGAGGGGUGAAACCAACUCUGAGCGAAUAUUGAUUUUAUCGGCGAAAAUUUGACUGAACGAAAGUUUCCUGGUAUACAGAAUUUUAAACAGUGCUUGUAUGAAAAUACUUAACUGAUAUGUGGAAUUUUAUUUUUCAGAAAUAGAUUUCAGACGAUUUUUUUUAAUUUUUAUCAAUGAAGUUACAGUGAUCAUUGCCACAUUCGAGUCAAACAUACUAGUGUCAAAGUGAUGUAGUACAGAUUUAUCCUGAGAGGAUUAGAUCAAAAUAAUUUCAUUUUAUUCUUCAAUGGAACCCUUUACCUUUAAACUUCUUGGUGUUUUGUUGGUUCAGUAAUUCAAAAGACAGAUUUUAUCUAAUUAUUUUUUAUAUUGUAAUAUAAUGAGCCAAUACAAAUAUCAAAAAUGAUAAGAAGUCUUUUCCGGAGAAACACAUAU